GUCUUGCUGCAACCAGGAAAUCAAAGUGCGCACAGCGGAGAGACCGUGGCAUUUCAGGUGGUGAGGCUUUCUUCUGUUCUGUGAGUAUAUGUGUGUGUCAGCUCUGCUGAACUUGACAAGAGAAAGGAGUGUGACACUGCUAUGCUGCUGACGUGAGCGUGGCUGUCAGUGAACUGUGUUAAACUCUCUGCUUAUGAGAGCCUUGCAGGGAGCGUGACAGUCUGAGGUGUGGUGGUUUGCAGACACAGUUGCUCUUCUUCUCACCUCUCCUGCCUCUCAUGUUCAGUUGUUGCUGUUCUUGAAGCGUGAAGGACUUUUGUGUUUUUGAAUUGUUAUGAAGGUCUGACUGAGUUAGAUCACCGGUGGCUGCUUUGGGAAGAGGUGGUCAGCUUCCAGGAUCACACAUUCUUAGAUAAUGUGAUGCUGCCUGCUGGAUUAUUCUAUGAACCAAAUCUGGAUGAUCUGUGAGGAGACUAGGAUGUAUGCUUCACAGAUCAAGCUGGGAUCUCACAAAAAGGACAGAUUAUGUAAGGAUGAAAACUCAAAUGGAACUUGGAACUUUAUUCAGUAGCUACUUCAGUUUCUGCUCAAUGAAAUGUUGACCAGUUACACACUGAACUUUAACUGAUAUUUAAAUUUUUUAAUUUUUUGGAUCACGUCAUUAUCAUCGACAACACACAACCAGACCUCGUGGCAGAGGCGAAGAGAACACAAUGGCGGCAGUAGGUCCAAAGUCCACUUCUCAGCCUCCCACCAGUGGAGAUCGGCGGCUGGCAGACAAGGCUCUCCGAAGACUGGAGAAACUCUAUGAACUUUGCAUGAACCCUCUGCUGGGCCUGAGGAAUAACCCACCCUGCCUUCCAGAUCUGAUUUCUGAGACUGUGAUGCUGCUUAUAGAGAUAUGGGAGCCGUACCAAGGAUCCAAGGCAUCAAACAGUCAGAUGCCCCGAGGAGAUGAGACCUAUUAUCUGAGGGUCCAUAUCAGAAACCUGCUGGACAAAGUGAACAGAGCACUGCUGCUGUUUAAAGAAGGACAAGAGAAGAUCUUUGAGGAGACAUCCAGCUACAGGAGGAACUUGACUAAACUGUCCUUACUAUUCAGCCACAUGCUGUGGGAGCUGAAAGCUCUGUUUCCCGAGGGAAGAUUUCAUGGUGACACUUACAGGGUGACCAAGUCAGAGGCUGAGGAGUUUUGGAGACAUUCAUUUGGCAACAAGUGCAUUGUGCAGUGGACUACUUUCAAACAGCAGCUAAAAAGCGUCCAUGCAUUUGAAGAAGGGAUGGAAUCAAUGGCUCUGAAGUCAACAAUAGAUCUCACCUGCAAUGACCAUAUCUCCAUCUUUGAGUUUGAUAUCUUCAUUAGACUGUUUCAGCCUUGGAUGUCACUUAUUCGGAACUGGAACCAGUUAGCGGUGACCCAUCCAGGGUACAUGGCCUUCCUUACCUAUGACCAGGUUGAAGGUCGUCUGAAACACUACCUGCACAGACCUGGAAGCUAUAUAUACCGUCUGAGCUGCACGAGGAUGGGCCAGUGGGCCAUUGGCCAUGUGACCACGGACGGUGCUGUUGUGCAGACUAUUCCACAGAAUACACCUCUCUACCUGGCACUCAUUCAGGGAUUCAAGGAAGGCUGCUACUUGUACCCAGAUGGCCGCGAUGUGAACCCUGACCUGACGAGCCUGUGUGAACCUUCCCAGAGGGGUAAAGUCAAAGUCACAGAGGAGCAGUAUGAGCUCUACUGUGAUAUCGGCAGUACUUUCCAGCUGUGCAAGAUCUGUGCAGAGAGGGAUAAGGACACUCGUAUCCAACCCUGUGGACAUCUCCUGUGCCAACCCUGCCUCUCCGGAUGGCAGGAUCCAAAAACUGACAGAAUCUCUCAAAAAAUUAAAGGAGUUGAGGGCAAAGUGUCCGUCAUCUCUUCCCUGUGCAGCAGUGAACCCACUGACUGA